AUGCACAAAUAUUAUACCGAGUUAUUGACGCAAAUCAAUGUUUUGUGUGUAUACAUAGAAGAAAGCCUUACUAAUCUUCCUGAUUUCACGAUCAACGUGAAAAUACUUAGAGGAGCUUUGCUCGUGGAGCGUGGCUGUUUAAAAUAUAACUUACUAAUUCCUCUGAUUAAUCCUGAUUUGGAAAAGCUUCCAAAUAUAAGCAUACAUGAUAAUGUAGUUGAAAUUAGACUAUGGCUCAAGCAAAGCAAUCGGUUCAAUGAGACGAACGCUCUUAUGGAUGCUGAACCAAGGUGGAGUGCAGAUUACCUUAAAACAAUAGGAGAGUUCAGCUUUGGUUGUGGAAAUUGUAGAGCUGAAUUGAUUCAUAGAAGUAAAGUUAGUUCCAUCAAUGCCAUGCCUUCAGAAAUGUGGGCGGAGAUGAUGGAAUUUUGGCAUUGUCACAAGCCAGGAAGCAAAGUUUCCAAUUCUGGACUGCGCUAUGGAAAUUUGCAGCCGAGGAAAGGCGCUAUCAUCUUGGGCUUUUAUUACCUUUUGUUUCACCCUCUCAGUUUUGAGACAAUAGAGAAAGAGGAUGAUGAAACAAUAGCUUGCGCCAAUUGCGGUUUUCCCGUAGGUAUUGUAACUAAGAAUUGCUCCAAUUGGAAAAUCUAUAACUGGAAUUUGCUUCUUACAAAACCAGGAAAUUUAAAAUUGGAACAGUUCCCACCAUACAUCUAUGCCUACAGUGUUUUACUGGAUAGGAUAAACUCUAAUGGCGCCAGGUUUAUACGAAUCAAGAGUCUGCUAGUAUGGAUUUUUGGAACAGGCGUAACUGUGACUUUAGCUGAGCAUAUAUACGAGAAUUCUUUGAAGAUAAUGUAUAUGUCUGAUGAAGGGGAUAUUGUACACUGGAUCCAGGCUGCAGAGCACCAAAAUAUUGAAAAUAUGGAAGAUUUACCAGAUUUGGUUCUGUCAGAUACAGCAAGUGUUUUAGAAAAAACAAACAAGUGCCUACCUGACUCCUGCAAGUCAUUUGAAAAUUGGAAAAUCGGAUUCCUGCCUAGUGACUAG